UACCUACAGCUCAGCAAAAAAUAUGGCUCAAUCUUCACUAUCUGGAAAUUGACGGAGCCGGUGGUGGUCCUCUGCGGUUAUGAGGCGGUGAGGGACGCCCUGCUGAACCAUGCUGAGGAAUUUAGUGCUCGUCCAUUUAUCCCCACACUGCACAUCCCCAGCAAAGGAUAUGGUAAGAUUGAUAUUAAUGGACCCCGAUGGCGUCCUCUUCGCCGCUUCACCAUCUCCUCACUGAGGAACUUUGGGAUGGGGAAGAAGACCAUGGAAUCCCGCGUACUGGAGGAAAGAAUUCUAAACGUUACCCAAAUAUUUUUUUUUCAGGAAAACCAUUUAACCCCUUACAGUUUCCUGGCCUGCGCAGUUGGGAAUAUUAUCAGUUCUGUGCUGUUUGGGGAACAUUUUGAUUACAAAGACCCAAAGUUACAUGAGCUGAUGGCCUCCACCAGCCGACACAUUCGAAGCAGUUUGAGCCCAUCUCAUAUGUUCUGCAAUGUCUUCCCGUUCCUCCUCAAACUGCCAGUGUUGCCAAAGAUCCUCUUUAAAGAAAGGGCCUACCUGCAGAAUUUUUUGCUAAAAUACAUCGAGGAGCACAAGCGCACCUUGAAGCCCGAGGCCCCUCGAGAUUUUACCGAUCAUUUUCUGCUCAAGAUAAAGGAGGAGGAGCACGAAGAGGACCCGAAUUUCUGUGAUUUGAGUCUCCUGAAUGUCCUGGUGGGGCUGUUGGCAGCGGGUUCUGAGACCACAGAUUCUACCCUGAAAUUCUGCCUGGCCUUCAUGGCCCACUAUCCUGAUGUCCAGGUGAAGGUCCAGCAGGAGAUUGAUGACUUGUUGCCGUCACAGCGCCUAGUUGGGAUCGAAGACAGGCUACAACUGCCAUACACUAAUGCGGUGAUCCAUGAAAUACAGAGAGUCUUAGACUUGGCCCCAACUGCUCUCUUCCACGCCGUGACCAAAGACAUCCAAUUCCGUGGAUACACCUUCCCAAAGGGUACCAUCAUUACCCCAUUCCUGACAUCGGUGCUUAAUGACCCCUCACAGUGGGAGACGCCAGAAAAAUUCAACCCCGGGCACUUCCUAGAUCAAGAAGGGCAGUUCCGCAAUCGGGCAGCCUUCAUGCCAUUCUCAGCUGGUGAGAUAUUCACAACCUUCACGACAACCAUUAUACCUAAAAUCCCCAGAAUUCAUAGAUAG